CUUUUCACCACGUGUCAACAGCAUGCAACCUGAUACACUACAGGCACAUGUUCGGUUCCUUAGUGGUGAGGAAGAGAGGGAGAGCGAACAAACUUCAUUGGGCAAGACACAGAACAAAUACUUUCUACCACAUUUCCUGUGUGAAAUUGCAGAUUACACACUUGAAUGUAGCAGCACUGACAGUGCGCAUCACAUGUGCAUAAAGUGAUGCUUGUACACCAACCUAAGUGACAGGACCGGUCACCCUGGUCAACUCCCCCUGUUGCUGUGGUCAAGUUACUGUUGUGGUCUGUCACAAUGAACAUCUCAGUAGAGGUGGCCAGAGGGGUCAACAAUGCCACCCUGGAGAUGCUGGUCAGUCCUGUGAUGACCGUGGCUGUGCCUGUUAUUUACCUGUCUGUGUUUGUGUGCAGUACCCCCUGCAACCUGCUGUCUCUGGUAGCGCUGCUGAACGUCCAUUACAAACGCCACACUCCCACGUCUGUGUUUGCCAUCAACCUGUCGCUGGCAGACCUGCUCUACAGCGCCUUCCUGCCCCUACAGGUGUUGUACCACCUGUGGGGUAAUGACUGGCCGUGGGGCGCUGCCCUCUGUGGCCUCACCACCACAGCCCUCAACUGCAACAUGCAUUGCUCCGUCCUCACUACCUGUGCCAUCGCGCUUGAGCGCUACUGCGGUGUCGUACGCCCACUACGCACCAAACACUGGCGCACCGCCCGGAGAGCCGCCAUCGCCUGCGUCUUCAUCUGGGCAUUUGUUCUGAUUACUCAGACGCCCUUGCUCCUCCGUGACCUCACCCUCCGGGUCGUCGAGCUAAACAUCACGACCUGCUUCGAUAUACUUCCACGUAAACUGUUCAUUCAAGAAUCAGUAGCCUAUCUCUACUUCCUAGUAGUUCUGCUGAUGUUCUACGUGUUGCCUUUAGUUGUCCUGGUCAGCUGUUACGUUGCCGUGGCCAGAGGCCUGCACAGGUCGUUGCCGACGGCAGCUGAAGGCAGUGACGGUAAGAGGGAAGUGUUGUCAAGGCGACGGGCUCAGACCACAGUCGCCUUAGCAACCCUGUGCUUUGUGGUGUGUUACCUACCAACCAUCACCCUUCAUGGCCUGCACGUAGUCUUCCAUGCCCAGGGCAAGAGCCUGUACAGAUACUAUAAACUAGCGCUGAGCAUCAACAGCCUCAACUGCUGCUUUGACCCGUUUGUGUACUACUUUGCGUCGAGGGAGUUCCGUCUGGCUCUGAGGAGGCUGCUGGGGCGGUGUGUCCCACUGGGAGAGGGGGAGGAGCUUGGGACCUCUGAGCUGGUGUCCAUGACUGGGGAGCCUAGGGAAUUUAAGGGCCACUACUAGGCUGUAGUUGAUCACUAGAUAGUCAUGCUGGAAUGGACAAAGUGUGCAAAUGACCCAAACUGUAAAUACAAAAAAAAUCUACUUUGUUAUUUUAUGCACAGACCCUGUGCGGUCUUCAUUAUAAAGCUGUUUAUGCAAUUGUUGUCAAUGCAAAUUUUUAUAGUUAUUCUGACUUCAUUCCGUUGACAUUUAUUAUUAAAUAAAUCUUAGACAUGCAUAAUCUUGGUAUCAAGUGAGUUUAUUACUUAGGCAUUGAUAGGUGCACAAAAAGGCAGACUAAUCACACUACUGUAAUAUACUGACGUAAUCAACACAAUAAAUGCCCGUUUCAAAAGCCUGAAUGCCAGUUAAUGUUAAAUGAAUACGGACAGUAGAAAUACACUACAUUACAAUGAAAUAAAUACAAGGAAAUACAUUCAGUGUAGGCCACUUUGAAAAGGAUGGGCCAGUGGGGUCUGUUUUGUCUCUGAGAAAUAUUAUUACAUACUAUACUUUAUACAAUUCUCCAACGGUUGAAACAUCUUGUUUUUCAUAACCAUCAUCAAUGGCGACAACAACAACAACAUGAUCAGCAUUCAAUCAUUUUAAGCUUCAUAAAUCAUCGCCGCAUUCGUCAGGUGUAUAACUUGCGCUGCUACAUUUAGAAGGUACAAGUUGCUACGUCGUCAAGCUUUUUACACCCCGGAUCACAUUUGAACCUAUUCAUCGCACCAAAGCUAACAUACAAUAAUGUAACAAACCUCCGAAGUAAAGCACAUACACUAAAGCUUGGGUUUAUGAAUAGCGACGAUGGCUCAAAAAAACAUCUUUCUUCACUCUGAGAAGCAUUCUCAUUCUCUCAGAACAUUUUUUGUCGCAGUUGCUGAGAAAGGAUAGGACGAUGUAUGCAUACAUACAUAAAAAUACACGAUCACACAUACUAGAUCAUAUGCAUGAGUAUGUACAUAUCAAAUAAAGCUAUUCAUGUACAUUAUUUAUCCUCAUACACACUGAAGGACUGGCGUGUGUGAUGUCACACCACGAGGAAGACUAAAUAUGGGCAAAAUAUGAAUGUCGUUUCAAAUUUAGCAGCAGGACGACUGAUAUCGCUGGUCAGAUCAUUUUCAGGAGGAGAUUGUGUGCUUCACCAAAUGUAUCAGUCCAUCACAGCAAUAUGGUUUGUGUUCAUUUGAAAUACCACCUCACUU